GAAAAAAGAAUGUAGUUCUAUUAUGCUGUGUUUGUUGAACAUUAAAAUGAGAUUGUUUUUGUGCUUUAUGGAGUAAUAUCCUAUCAUAAGAACUUAUUUAUUUUUUGGCCUAAAAAUGGUCUUAAUAGCAAUGUAGCCCAAUCAAUAUCAAAUUGCCAUGAAAAACCAUUCCUUGGAAUCUAAUGCUCCAAAUUGUAAAACAAAUAAUCUUAUAAACUUGUGGGACAAGUCAUGAUGUGUUGGUGUGUUACUUACUUUAAUCUCAUUGUGUGCUUCUCACAUGCCCAUUCUCUCAGUGAGGAGGGAUGUGGUGGCUCAAAUUGGAAUUUCUUUGGGUGUAGAAGAUACAAGCAUAUUGCUUUCAGUCUUCAGUUUUUGCAAUUUUACCGGUCGUCUCAGUGCUGGUGCUGUCUCUCGAUACUCUGUUAGAUUAAAAACACUGCCUAGAACAUUUUGGAUGACAAUUACUCAAGUAAUUAUGAUCAUAGCAUUUUUGCUUUAUGCUUCAGCUCUAGAUGGAACUCUUUAUGCUGCAAUAGCUUUACUUGGAAUGUGCUACGGAGUUCAGUAUUCUAUACUGGUUGCAACUGUUUAUGAAUUAGCAGCUUCAUGAUGUUAGGAAAUCCAAUUGGAGCUCUUCUUUUUUCUGUUUUCCUUGUGAGAAAUUUGUGAUACUGAAGCUGCAAAACAAAUAAACUCCACUUGCUAUGGUGCAAAUUGCUUCAGAAUCACUUUUCUGGUUUUGGCUGGUGUCUGUGAAAUUGGUACCAUUUUGAGUAUAAUUUUGACAGUUUGGUAUAUCAAAUGCUGCACGCAAGCGGUUCGUUUUGUUUGUCACGUAUUGCAAAUCAAUGUGAUUGGACAAAAUUGUCUGCUAUUCUAAGCAUAUUUAAUAACCACUCUAGGUACAAAGCUCACCAAAUUUCUGCAGCCACUAUUCAAUAACCAUACAGAGACUACUCUAAGCAUAUUUAUGGCUUUCAUGUGCUACUACCGAAAAAUACGAGUUCUCCGUGGUCCCUGGUUUUUGAUAAUAUGGGAAACAAUAAAUUAUUUAUUCUUUUUGUAACGGUAGAGAAUGUGAUUAAGAGUUUAUUAGGUGCAGAUCCA